CUUCAUCCUGGAGCAUGCGCAUUUCCAGUGUUGUUGAGUUUGUUAUGACAAGUCGAGGCCUCGGACUAAAUUAGAUAAUAGCCCCGUCUCUGUCCUGGGAAAUCCACGAUGGAGGACAUGGACUUGGACCUGGACCAGGACCUAAUGCAAAAAUUUAGUUGCAUGGGUACCUCAGAUAAAGACACUCUGAUCUCGGAGUUUCAGAGACUGCUCGGGUUUCAACUCAACCCCGCGGGAUGCGCCUUCUUCUUGGACAUGACCAACUGGAAUCUACAAGCUGCAAUAGGGGCAUACUACGACUUUGAGAGCCCCAACAUAAACGCGCCAUGUAUGUCCUUGGUAGAAGAUGUGACCAUUGGUGAAGGGGAGUCUGUUCCACCAGAUACACCAUUCACAAAGACAUGGAGAGUACAAAACACAGGUGCAGAGUCAUGGCCUCCUGGAGUCUGCCUCAAGUACGUCGGAGGGGAUCAGUUUGGCCACGUCAACAUGGUAAUGGUGCGGUCUCUAGAACCCCAGGAAAUGUUUGACGUUAGCGUGCAGAUGCACAGCCCUGUGGCUCCUGCAAUGUACCAGGGCCAGUGGAGGAUGUGUACGGCUACCGGACUCUUCUUUGGGGAUGUAAUAUGGGUCAUCUUGAGUGUGGAGGUCGGGGGCCUGCUGGGCGUCACGCAGCAGCUGUCCUCUUUCCAAACGGAGUUCAACACGCACCCAAACCGCAGCCUGGAGGGGGACUACAACCCCUUCGCCUCGCCGCAGAAAACCAGAUACCCCGGCAGCACCGACAGCGGUCUCCACGACGACAGUAGUCUGAAGGACACGGGGGAGCCCUGGGAGGCCACUCCCAAUCCUCUGCAGCAAGAUCAAAAUGGACUGUCGCACAAUUCAGUGAAUAUAGCAGCCAACAGUCUCCAAAGCAAUCUAUCAGUAGUGACUUACAACCAGGGCAUACAGGGACCCUAUCCGUUUGGGCACUAAAUCCCCCGGUCGAGAGCCACUACACCUCUGAAGUCGAACUCACCAAGGCUUUAUCUGUAGCCGGUGGGGAGCCUGGAGCUUCACAACAAACACUUUAUGCAAAGUCUCCACUUCAGCCAGUGUAGCCCCAGCGUCCCACUUCAGCUACGCUGUGAGGAUCCAGAGGUCACCGCUCCUGACAUACAGCUCAACCAACACCCUCAUAUCCACUGUAUGCAUGAGUGAAUGCUAAGUUAAAACAAGAGUGCUAUUGAGAGUCUUGGUGAGAGAUGCUGUUUUGAAAUCUUUUUAUUUUUUUGUUGUGAUCAGAGUGCAGAAAAAACUUUUGUGUGUGUGUGUGUGUGUGUGUGUGUGUGUGUGUGUGUGUGUGUGUGUGUGUGUGUGUGUGUGUGUGUGUGUGUGUG